GGCAAUUGGCAAGUGGAGGCGACCGCCGGCGUGUAGUGCAGGUCCAGUGCCCGUUGAGACACAGAGAGAGGAGGUGCUGUCGGUCGUCUCUCUCACUUGACAAACGCCGUUCGUAAAAUGUAUAGAUGAUGACGACUUGAAGAUGGAGAAUGCAAGAAAUGAUGACCACAAGAGUUCUUGUGGUGACGUGACUUGCUGCACCAGAAAGUCAGUAGGUUCUGGACCUUGUCAAGGAGAGGUGUGCACUCUGCUGUACCACACAUCUUGCCUCACUUGUACUGCUGUACCAGGCUUCUCUCCUCCAAUAUCAGGAUGGCAAGUGAUUCACAACACAACUAAAGGAAGCAGGUGCCAAGAUACAGCCCAGACCCAGCCUUCCACCCCUCCUCUCUACCUCAGAAAUGUUGUUCUGAACACUGGAGUGCCAUGCUGCCUGGAGACUGUGCUUACUGGCUACUGCCCUGAAUUUCCCUGCAAAGCUUGUUGGUUGCUGCCCUGGAUGGUUCUGCUCUGUGCAUGUUGCUGUCCUGACUAA